AUGACAGCUGCAUUUCGAAUAUUGGCAUAUGGUGUACCGACAGACGCUACUGAUGAGUACAUCAAAAUAGGAGAAUCAACUGCCAUAGAAAGUGUGAAAAGAUGUUGUCGUGCUGUUGUUGAAGUAUUUGGAGGACAAUACCUGCGAUCACCCAAUGCUAAUGAUGUUGUUAGACUUCUUCAUAUUAGUGAGCAACGUGGUUUUCCUGGUAUUGCUCCCCCUGCUCGUUAUGUCAUUCAAGGAAAAGAGUACAACAUGGGUUACUAUUUAGCUGAUGGACCUUCACGUUUUUGGCAGAAAAAUAUUUUGCAUGAUAUAAUGACUUCAUGUAUUAUUAUGCAUAAUAUGAUAAUUGAAGAUGAGCGCGAUAUGAAUACAUCAAUUGUUGAUCAAGGUGAAGUCUUGUCGGCUGCAGAUGUUGAUACAGCAGUAGAUGACAAUAUCUAA